CACACCCACGCGUCCGCAGGGAGAGGGCACCCCCGACCGAAAACGCAAUGCGAUCUAGUGUGGCCUCUCUGUUGCUCCUUGUGAGCGCAGCUAACCCUCUGGUUGGAUGGUGUUUGUUAGUUAGGCCAGCACACCCAAUAACAUCGCGUCGAACAUCAUCAUCGUCGUCAAGAUCUGCCGCUGACCUACUGCCGACUGCUACAGGGACACCAGACGGUCGACGUCAGCGCUUGUACAGCUCAAGAACCAGCACUAGCCGCGGCUACUACAAAGCCGAAGAGCAGGACCAUGAGGCGCCGCCGUCAUCGCUUCGACGAAUACCAAACCACGCCGAGCUACCUUCGCUCGUCCGGGACAGCAACGCCGUCACAACCACCACUACCGCCGAAACCGUCGCAUCUUUGGCGAGACAAGCGCUAGCGACUGUGGCGCUAGCGGCUGUCCUCACGCCGGCGGUGUUUAUCGGCGAGGUGACGGUUUCACCGCUGCUGGCCGGGAAGGGUGGGGUUGCGCCGCCUACCGCUGCGUUCGCUGAGCUGGAACCUUUACCGCUGAAGUCGUACUCGGAAGAGUUUUCCAGCGGACUUGCACCCGUCAACACUGUACGCGGUUUGUGGCGAACCCGCGAGACGCGAAACGACGGUUCCGCCCUGCCUCAGGAGGCGGGCAGACUAGGCAGGAAAGGCAUCUGCGGGGGGCGGCUGUCCUUCAAGGGCUUUGUAGGGGCUGGGAAGGGAACAGUCGAGUACAAGGGGUGCGGGGACCGAGAGGGGAAAGGGAGGUGGCUCACCAAGCCCAAGAACAUCGUGAACGGAAGGAUAACCCUCUCCGCCCGAUGGAGCGUCAACUUCACCGACGGCACGACCCUCCUCUACCGGGGGGACGUCGUACAAGACGCGGAGGCUCAGGGUACCGCCCUCACCGUCGAUACAUCCGGCGCGGCGGCCAUGGGGGGCCCGGCGUUCGAGAGGCCCGACGCUCACAUCCGAGGGGAGGUUCUGCGUCCGGUGAAGAACAUCCAGGGCAGCCUCACCGAGAAGAAGAUAGGGGAGUUUGAGGCGGACUUGAUAGAGUUGCCGAGCGACGACGACAAGUUGUGACGAAGGGGGGUUGAUGACGACACCCCAAUAGUUGUAGGGUUUCCAAGUGGGGGGCCGUGGUGCCCGAACACAAGAGUUUUCGAUGGAAUGGGCAAGCCCUGUGUUACGAGGCGCGUUUGUUGUAUUGUUCCUCG